AUGGGAAAACACAGUACUCAACUUCUCGUCUUCUGCAUCAUCGUUCUGAUAUGUUCUUCAUGUGCAGUUAAAAAAAGCCUAGCAGAAGAAGAACCAGCUGAGAAGAAGAGAUCUUGGAAAGGCCACGAGUUGCCACCGGAACCGUAUAAGGGAUACUACGAUUGGCUGGGAAAGUGCGGCGAGAAGCUCACAGACAAGUGUGGCCAACAGGUGGCAGAUUUCUUGUUCUAUAAGAGAAUCCAUGUGAGCUAUGUUUGCUGUAACAAGCUCGUGAAGGUGGCAGGGAAGAAGUGUCACAGAGAAUUUGCGAAGACGCUGGCUCGUUCCAAGGACUUUAAGAUGCAUAAGGCUCAGAUUCUGAGAAGAAGUAAGCAAACCUGGGCUCAGUGUUCUUUCAUUGACAAGUGUGUGGCCAAGGCUGAAUAA